AGUAUAUUGAACACUCCCGCUUGACAAUCCAGUAGAUACUGGCCCACCUACCCAGCCCUAUUGUCCCAUCGUUGCCCAUACCAAGACCAUGCUAUCUUCACUUCUUUCUCUUCCAGCAAUCCUUUCCUUUUUUCUCGCACUCUGUAUUAUCCAGCUCGUCCGUUCCCUGGCUAAAUCUCCAUAUGGCUCCAUUCCCGGCCCGGCCCUUGCCCGUUUCACCAAUGCAUGGUAUCUAUGGCAGAUGCGACGAGGCGACUUCCACCGCACCAAUAUCAAGCUCCACCAGCAGAACGGGCCUGUCGUUCGUAUUGCCCCCGAGUAUUUCAGCAUCUCCGACCCGUCCGCCGUCAAGCCUGUCUACGGCCAUGGCACCAAGUUCAUUAAGUCAGAGUGGUACAAGGCGUGGAAUGUCACGCCCGAUCCCGACCAGACGAAUCUAUUUUCUGAACAAGUGUCUCAGCGACACGCAGAGAACCGCAGGAAAGUCGCGUCCAUGUACUCCAUGAGCUCGCUGGUUGCGUACGAACCGUAUGUGGACAACUGCAUUGCUGUGUUCAAGCAGCGGCUCAAUGAGAUCUCUGUGCAGGGCAAGACCGUCGACAUGGCGCACUGGCUGCAAUGCUAUGCAUUCGAUGUUAUUGGCGAGAUCACCUUCGGCAGCCGGUUUGGCUUCCUGGAUGCUGGAAACGAUGUUGGCGGCGUCAUGAAGUCCAUCGAAGACGGGCUGGCGGCUUCCUCAUAUCUCGGCUUGUAUCCGUGGAUCUACCCCUUCUACCUCCGCGUCCUCGGAUAUCUACGGCAAGGGCUCAGCUACAUGAACGAAUUCAGCCUGCUUCAUAUCCAGGAAACAAGAGCGGCGAUGAAGGGCUCCCACAAGGACCUCCCGUCGUAUAUGGCCGUGAAACUUGUUCAAGCGCAGACUGAAAACCCACACAGAAUAUCUGACUGGGAUAUCUUAGCCACUGUCGGUGCGAAUGUCGGAGCCGGGAGCGAUACCACGGCGAUCAGCUUGAGCUCGACUCUGUACCAUCUAUAUCGGAACCCUGGCUGUCUGGCGAAACUGCGCGAGGAAAUCGAGUCUGCCGGCAUUGGUACAGUGAUCCCAGCAUUCAAGAGCACGCAGGAGAUGCUAUAUCUCCAGGCUGUGCUUAAGGAAGCCCUCCGCGUCCAUCCGGGGACGGGAUUUCCAUUGUUCAGAGUCGUUCCUAAGGGCGGCCAGGUCCUCGCUGGCCAAUUCUUUCCUGGAGGAGUGAACGUAGGAAUCAACAGCUGGGUCCUACACUACGACACUAAUAUAUACGGCGCAGACGCAUCUAUUUUCAGACCCGAGCGAUGGCUCGAAGCAGAUGAAGAGCAGCUGAAAACCAUGGAGCAGAAUUACAUGCCGUUUGGGAUAGGGUCGAGGACUUGCCUGGGGAAGAAUAUCUCUCUUUUGGAGAUGGGGAAGCUGAUCCCCGUUUUGGUUAGGGACUAUGAUUUUGACAUACAGGGCGAGGGAGACUUGGAAGCGAGGAACCGUUGGUUUGUCAAGCCGGUUGAUUUCUGGAUCAAAGUGACGAAGAAAUAA